AAACCGAACCCGUGGUGAAUUUUUUUAAUUCAUCUGAAAACGACAAUACAGAUACAGGAAAAAACCGUAAAUAUUGUUUGCGUCACCGCCCUGAUCUCAAAAAAAUGAAAGAAACCACACUCGAAGACUUACGAAAGCAAGUUGAAAAUUUACCUGAAGCUGAACAUGAAAAGAUUAUAAAGAUUUGGUCGCUUUUUUCAACCGCGACUCCAUCCUGUCGUCACCUUAUUCUAGAAGGAAUUCUAGUCCAGUGUUGUCUUCCUCAACUAUCCUUUCUUUCUAACAGACUUAAAAACAUUAUUCGUAUUGACUUUAUAGCCGCCCUUCCCAAAGAGCUUUCCAUACAUAUAUUAUCAUAUCUUGAUGCAAUUUCUUUAUGUCGCGCUGCUCAAGUAUGUAAAUUAUGGAGACGUCUUGCUGAUGAUGAGGUUGUUUGGCACAAAUUAUGCGAACAACAUAUUGACAAAAAAUGUUCCAAAUGUGGUUGGGGUAUUCCAUCAUUGUUAGAACAAAAGAGAAUAAAUAGGGCACUAUUAUCUAAUGAAAGUGAUCCUUAUCCUGCUUAUGUAACUACUACUUGUAGUUCAACAUCUCUUGACAUUCCAUAUUCUCACAUUGAACAAUCACAACCAUCAUCUCCAUCAACUAUACCUUCAACUCCAAAUACUCCAAAUUAUGAUUCACAAGAUGAAGCUCUUGAAAUAAGACGUGUUCGCAUUUCUGAUAAAUUAACGGCUUUAUUUGGUGAUUCAUCUCUAUUUAUGUGUGAAAAUUCUAUGAGAAGACCUUGGAAAGAAGUUUAUGCUGAACGACAAUGCGUCGAAUUCAAUUGGAGAAAGGGUCGUUAUAAUAUUAGAGUUUUAAAAGGCCAUACUGAUGGUAUAAUGUGUCUUCAAUUCGAUGAUCGUAAUAAUCGUCUUAUCACUGGUUCUUAUGAUAAUACUGUCAAAGUUUGGGAUCUUGAGACUGGUGAAGUCAUUAGUACGCUGACUGGUCAUACACGGUGUGUAAGAGCAUUACAAUUUGACCGUGCAAAACUCAUUACUGGUUCAAUGGAUCACACUUUAAGGGUAUGGAAUUAUCAUACCGGUAAAUGUAUUACUAAACUUGAAGGGCAUACAGGUGGAAUUUUAACUCUUCAUUUCGUUGAUUAUAUUGUUGCGAGUGGUUCCACUGAUACCACCAUAAAGAUUUGGGACUUUUCUUCUCGCAAAUGUUUUACUCUGACUGGGCAUAGAGAGUGGGUAAAUAAAGUUAUAAUUUUUCAAAAGCUACAACUCCUCUCUUGUUCUGAUGAUCAUACUAUACGGAUUUGGGAUUUGACUUCACAAUCAUGUACUCGAAUUUUUGAUGGCCAUAAUGCACCGGUUCAGUGUAUUCAACCAACACUUUUGCGCAUGGACUUGAAUGCGACCUUAACUACCAUUGAUGAGGAUAAUUUAAUUCCUGUAAUAAUAUCAAGUUCUUUAGAUAAUGUAAUUAAAGUUUGGUCUCUACAAACUGGUGAAUGCAUUCGUACCUUAUUUGGUCAUGAAGAAGGCGUCUGGUCGUUGGCAGUUGACAAGCUUAGAUUAGUUAGUGGUGCACAAGACGGUACAGUAAAGAUUUGGGAUAAGGAUUCAGGAAAUUGUAUGCAUACUUUAACUGGACAUUGUGGCGCUGUUACGUGCGUUGCAUUGGGUGACACCAAGGUCAUUACAGGAGGUGAUGAUUCGGAAAUUAGAAUAUGGGAUUUUAAGGGUCAAUAA